CUGUGUGGUCCUGUGUUACCCUCGGACCCUGUGGUUUCCUCUUCCGGCUAGACGCGGGCGAACAACCCCCCGCGCCGGAGCAACUGCUGCACUUAAACACCAUGCUGCCCGCCAGGUCGUGCUGCAACUGUCCAUGUUCGUUUGGAUUUGCGCCGCUGGGGAGAUGGCGUUCGGCCAGCGAAUGGGGGAACUGGCCGAGGCGGGCGGUGUUCGUGAGAUGAGGUGGAGGGGCGGUGGUGGUGGAUGGGUAUAAGAUGAGGCGUGGCCGGUGAAAGAGACGCAUCAUCCAACGGUCGAUAUCUAUUCUACCUGCUCUACAGUCUCCAGACACCAGACUCUCAAGCCAGACCAUUCGGCCUUCAAGUCCAACACACUCAACCAAAACCCAUCAACACCCCCAACACCUCACCAUGAGCACCCCCACCCCCCAACCCCAGGUCCUCGCCUUCUUCGGCGCCACAGGCGGCGUCUGCGCAACCACCCUCGCCCUCGCCCUGCACGCCGGCCACACCUGCACCGCCCUAGCCCGCACACCCCAGAAGCUCACCGAUCUACUACGCACCGCCCACGCCGUGCCCGCCGCGGCCCUCGAGUCCCUCCUCACCAUCCACGCCGGCGACGUCAAGGACCCCGCUGCAUGCGCCGCCGCACUCGUCUCCCCGCUCAACCCCGCCGCGCUCGUCGAUACGAUCGUGUUCGGCGUCGGCGCCGCCCCGGUACUCUCGUGGAUCCCGCCGUUCAUCGGGAUGACGGACGCGACCGUGUGCGAGACGGGGACCGCGGCGAUAUUCAGCGCGCUCGACGACCUCGCCGCACGCGGCAUCGCCACUGCGCCCGCGGGGUCCAAGCCGCUAUUCAUCAGUAUCUCAACAACCGGCCUGAGCACCAAAACCCGCGACGUCCCCCUCCUUCUGUAUCCGCUGUACAAACUCGCCCUCCACACCCCCCACCUUGACAAAUCCCGCGCCGAGACCCUGCUCACCCGCGACGCCGGGGUGCAUAUCCGCGACUGUGUGGUGGUGCGGCCGACGCUGCUCACCGACGCGCCGCGCAAGGGCAUCCAGGGGGUCAGGGCGGGGUGGGAGUGGACGGGCCCAGAGCGGGAGCGCGGCGGGGUGAGGGAGGCGGGGCCGCAGUUGGGGUGGAGCAUUGGGCGGAAGGACGUUGGGGGGUGGGUGUUUGAGAGGGUUGUGCAGGAGGGGGGGUGGGAGGGAAGGUGUGUGAGUUUGACGUACUGA